AUGUCUACCAUUGCAAAAAACACAAUUACGGCAACCUUGACUUCUAUUACCACUAACUAUAGACGGACUUUAACAUUCUUGACCAUACCAAACAUAGCUUCUAACAUACCAGACCAACCUAUCGACAGAACAUUAUUUAAAAUUCCCAACAAUUUAACAUUGGCCGAUCCAGAAUUUUCAAUACCUGCUCCAGUUGAUUUAUUAUUAGGUGCUGGAGUAGCACUAUCACUGUUGAGUAUUGGACAAAUUAAAUUAUCACCUCCUGAUGGACCAGAUUUGUACCUGCAGAAAACGCAAUUAGGUUGGAUAAUUGGUGGAAGUGCUCCAACUCAUCGAUUGACCAAGGAAACCACUUGUCAUGCUAUUACCCCAAUACAACUUGAUUUGGCCCGAUUUUGGGAAUUAGAAGACGGUCCCCAAAUCCAACAUCUGUCUAAGGCCGACAGAGAAUGUGAAGAGUAUUUUAGGAAAACUAUAUCACGGACUUCCGAGGGUAGAUAUAUGGUGGCUCUUCCAUUUAAUGACAAACUUUCGCAAUUAGGAGAAUCUAAAUCUCGAGCCUUGAAGAGAUUUUCAUCCUUACAAGGAAGAUUUAAACGCGAUGAAGAAUACGGGCGGGCAUACCGAGCAGUAUUACAAGAAUACCUUGAUUUAGGUCACAUGUCCGAAACUCAAGUUCAUAACGAAAAGGACGGAAUGUACUACCUGCCGCAUCAUGGGGUCACUAAGAUCACUAGUGAUACCACCAAGUUGAGGGUUGUGUUUGAUGGCUCCGCAGCAACUUCUACAGGCAUUUCUUUGAACGAUACGUUACAUGUCGGUCCAAAGAUACAGGAUGACCUGUUGUACAUAUUACUUCGAUUCCGGAAUCAUCAGUAUGUGUUAACAGGCGAUAUUGAAAAAAUGUACAGGCAAUUCCUAGUGCGUCCUGAAGGCAGGAAAUACCAACAGAUUCUAUGGCAAACCUCAGAUCAAACCCCGAAAACAUUCCAAUUAAACACAGUCACGUUUGGACUUUCUGCCGCUCCAUAUUUGGCAAUCCGUUGCCUAUCACAAUUAGCUCAAGACGAAAGACACCGAUUUCCCCAAGCAGCACAGACUCUAAUCACAGACUUCUACGUGGAUGAUCUUUUAACUGGAACAGCAACGAUCAACGAAGCAUUAACGUUACAAAAUCAAUUGAUACAAAUUUUACAAACUGCAGGAUUAAACAUUCGUCAGUGGGCUUCCAAUCACAGGGCAUUACUUCAAAACCUUCCAGAACAAUCCAUUAACAAACGACUACACCUGGGCGAAUCAUCAACCAUCAAAACUUUGGGAGUGUUCUGGGACUCAAGCGACGACACAAUCCGAUAUUCAAUCACAAACUCGCCAUUAACAAAUUCCUUCACUAAACGAAGUAUCAGUUCCGUCAUCGCGAAAAUCUACGACCCUCUAGGACUGCUCGGACCUGUCAUCAUAUUAGCAAAAAUAAUGCUGCAAAAAGUAUGGACUUUAAAAUUAGACUGGGAUGAAUCUUUACCUAUGGACACACAUACUGAAUGGUUGAAAUAUUAUAAACAAUUACCACUUUUGAACAACGUAGCUUUCAACCGACAAACCUUGAUCAAUGAACCUAGUAUAGUGGAGUUACAUGGUUUCAGUGACGCUAGCGAACGCGCAUAUGGCGCUUGUCUUUAUCUCCGUUCCAUGGACAAACACGGUCAAUGCAAAACACAACUCCUUAUGGCGAAAUCAAAAGUUGCACCUUUGAAAACUCAAUCCAUACCGCGACUGGAACUGUGCGGAGCAUUAUUACUUUCUUCAAUAGUUACCACAGUUCAGAAGGCCUUGAAAAUAAAUAUUAACCGAACAAUAUGUUGGACCGAUUCCACAAUCGUACUUCAUUGGAUAAGGACGUCACCACAUUUACUAAAAACCUUUGUAGCAAACAGGAUAACCGAAAUUCAAAAUCAAACCAAUAUCACAGAAUGGCGACACGUUUCUACUUCAGACAACCCAGCUGAUCUCAUUUCUAGAGGACUAUUGCCCGAAGAUUUUUUACGUCCGUCGAUAUGGCAGACUGGACCUAAUUGGUUAUACAAUACCGAAGAUCAAUGGCCAACCACAACAAUCACACCUUGCAACAUGACGUUAGAACAGCGGGAAAUAGUUUGUUUAACCACAACUCUUCCUGAUACCAGUCUCCUGGAUCGUUUCUCUUCUUGGGAGAAGCUAGUACGGGUGAUUGCUUGGUGCCUCCGAUGGAAAUCAACCAAUCAUACAAAAGGACCCUUAACAACAAAAGAAUUAAGAUAUGCCCAUGAUACAAUUAUCAAACUUGUACAGAAACUCCAUUUUUCAGAUGAAUUAGAACAAUUAUCAAAAGGCAAAAAUCCGCAUUUAAAAAAUAGAUUGGGAAGAUUAAAUCCAUUUAUAGAUUCUGACGGUAUCCUACGUGUCGGGGGCCGGUUAAAACAUUCUUUAAUGCCAUUUGGACAAAAACACCCCAUCAUUCUACCCAAAAACCGCAUUACCCUACUUAUCAUCGACGACGAACACAGAAAACAGUUCCAUACAGGUACCCAGACGACCCUUUACGCGGUCAGACGGCGCUACUGGCCCAUCGAUGGCCGGCAACAAGUGUGGAAAGCAAUAAAACCUUGCGUACGGUGUUGCCGGGCCCAACCACCACCGGUCAACUACCUAAUGGGUAACCUACCUGCCGCCAGAGUCACCGAGUCUCGACCAUUCACUCAUACAGGUGUAGACUAUUGUGGACCAUUUUACAUAAAAGAACGGAAGCAACGAAACCGUGGUCGGAUAAAGGUCUACGUUGCGGUAUUCGUUUGCCUGGCCGUCAAAGCAGUUCAUUUGGAAUUGGUCAGCGAUUUAACCACCGAGGCCUUCAUUGCUGCACUGAAGAGGUUUAUUGCUCGACGAGGACUCUGCUCCUACAUAUACUCAGAUAAUGGGACCAACUUCGUGGGAGCGAAUCAUGAAUUGCAAGAAUUACAACUAUUGCUACGUUCAGAAGAACAUCAAAACCAAUUGACAACAUUUCUGGCAGGCAAAUCCAUAGAAUGGAAGUUUAUUCCUCCACUGACACCACACUUCGGCGGUCUGUGGGAAGCAGCCGUCAAGUCUUUUAAAUAUCAUCUGAAACGGGUUGCUGGAUCCGAAUUAUUUACAUUCGAAAAUUUUAACACUCUCAUUAUAGAAAUUGAAGCCAUUCUGAACUCCCGUCCAUUGACACCUAUAUCCUCAGACCCUAACGACUUGCUUGUCCUUACGCCAGGGCAUUUCCUGAUUGGCGAUUCAUUAACCAGUUUGCGUGAGAAAAAUGUUACAGAGAUACCUACAAACCGCCUCUCGAGUUGGCAGCAAAUCCAAAAAGUAAAACAACAUUUUUGGGUUCGAUGGCACCGGGAGUACCUGAACGAACUGACCACACGCAGCAAAUGGACCAAGGGUGACCAUCCAAUCAAAGAGGGCACAAUUGUCCUACUUCGUGAGGACAACGUUCCAUCACUGCAUUGGCCCUUGGCCAAGGUCAUCAAGGUUCACCCAGGAACAGAUGGAAUAGUGCGAGCUGUCACCGUCAAAACAGCCAAGGGUACGCUGGACCGGAGCAUCAAACGACUCGUCCCGCUGCCCAACCAAUCAGAUCAAUCUGCAUAA